AUGGAUCAAUGUGUACUUUAGUAGUUCUGUGUGUUUAGAAUGGAGCAAUGUGUACUUUAGUUGUUCUGUGUGUUUAGAAUGGCACAAUGCGUAGUUCUGUGUGUUUAGAAUGGAGCAAUGUGUACUUUAGUAGUUCUGUGUGUUUAGAAUGGAGCAAUGUGUACUUUAGUAGUUCUGCGUGUUUAGAAUGGAGCAAUGUGUACAUUAGUAGUUCUGCGUGUUUUAGAAUGGAUCAAUGUGUACUUUAGUAGUUCUGUGUGUUUAGAAUGGAGUAAUCUGUACUUUAGUUGUUCUGUGUGUUUAGAAUGGCACAAUGCGUAGUUCUGUGUGUUUAGAAUGGAGCAAUGUGUACUUUAGUAGUUCUGCGUGUUUUAGAAUGGAGCAAUGUGUACUUUAGUAGUUCUGCGUGUUUAGAAUGGAGCAAUGUGUACAUUCGUAGUUCUGCGUGUUUUAGAAUGGAUCAAUGUGUACUUUAGUAGUUCUGCGUGUUUUAGAAUGGAGCAAUGCGUACUUUUAAUAGUUCAGUGUGUUUCCUGUUUUACUCCCUAUUUCACGUGUGAGACUCAUUAGGCUGGAUUUGGAGAUCUGGGUGAUUUGAUCAACUUUUUAUUUGCCUACCUCCUCAUGCCUUUUGCACACAAUGUAUAUAGACUCUCUUUUUUUUCUACUGUGUUAUUGACUUGUUAAUUGUUUACUCCAUGUGUAACUCUGUGUUGUCUGUUCACACUGCUAUGCUUUAUCUUGACCAGGUCGCAGUUGUAAAUGAGAACUUCUCAACUAGCCUACCUGGUUAAAUAAAGGCGAAAAAAAUAUUUAAAAAAUAAUAAAAGAUGCAGGACUUCAUAGUUGAGGUUAAGCUUUAAUUCAACUCGGUCUUACACAGGGUAUAUCUUAAAGGGCAAGUUCACCAAAAUGCCAUAUUGGUUUCCUUACCCUGUAUGCAGUCUAUCGCCAAAGGAUGACCGCGAUCCAUUUUCUGGUUUAGUUUAACAUUUUAGCAUUUGGAACAAAUCCCAUUCAAGCCAUGGGACCAAUAUUAUCAUUUCUUUGCGCAUCAUGUUCAAAUCAUCUAUCAGUGACUUUGUUGACCUUCACAAUACAUUUUAGAUACUUUUUGACAUGAUUAAAUGGGAUUUGUGCCACAAAUGCUAAAACUUUAACUUGUGGAAGCCGUGCCAGAGAAACCAGACCAAAGCAUGGAUUGCUGUCGUACCUUGUCCAUAAACUGCUGUGAACUAUCCCUUUAACUUCUCGGAUACUGUUGUUUUUGGGCAAUUCCACUGUAACAGAGUGACACUGAGACUUUAAAAUGUAUGUCAAACAAAAACCAAUGAUGGCAAUGAACAGUGCAGCAGAUGCGAAGUUUGGUAACAGAAUGGCGGUUUGCCGUUUGUGCCGUCAUUCUGUUACCAGACUUUGCAUCUGCACUGUUCUUUAAGUAAAUGUUUAUGUAACGUUUUCAAUGGAAAUUGUUAAGUAGUCCUUGUGCAUAGAGUUGUAUGGUUUGUUUAACUUUGCAAAUAUUGUUUUUUUGUUUUAAAAUGUCAAAGUAAAACUUGUUAUCGCGUCUUAUCGCCCCAAAUAAUGGCCAAAAGCCACCCACGGAAGAAAUAGCUAGGAAGAUGUUUAGUAUUAUAUUGAUUGAAUAUUAUCUGAAUCCUAUAUAUUAAUAUGGCCAAUUUGGGUGCCAUCAAUUAGCUUAAUUUCUCAGAUCAAAUUAUAUUUUCACAAAAUGUUUCAUGAAUGUUAAUUGUAUCUGUUACUGACUACAGAAACUAUUCCAGAACAAUCUGGGUGUCAAAAUCCUCUUCCUUGUGCUUUUUGAGUUGGAACGACCCAGGAAGUGUAAUUAGGAAGGGAUGAUGCCUUUCAGAAAGGAUAUUUACUGUAACAUUAGCUACUGACCACCACAGACUGACACUGAUGGUGCCAGUCACUUACUGUACUGUAGAUGUAUCACUUAAACUUUGGUGUAGCCAGUCAUUCCUUAGUUGUAUCGGGGUAAUUCCACAGUAACGGAGUGAAAGUAGUCUUUGUGCAUACAGUUGUAUAGUUUGUUUAACUUUGCAAUCAUUGUUUUGUUUUUUUACAUAUCUUUUAUGCCAACUCUCGACUUUCUUUUCAAUGCCUCUUUCAUCUUCUCCCCUUUACCUGUCUUUAAUUCACUCGUCUCCUUCUCUCCCUAACAGUGGGUAAGUCCCACUCAGCAGCUGCCCAGACAUGCUUUAGAGUUUGUUGGCAGCUGUUAAGGAGUUAUUGAGGCUCAGGCAUGUUGUGUGGGCAUGGUGACCCACAGACGCCGACAGAGCCCCUCCCCACAGCUACUACACUCUUUACAUACAGGCAGGGAAGAAGAAAGUAGUGACUUCCUGUAGGACCUAGUCCUCAGAUCUCAGAUUAGUGUGUUUGGAAAGUGAAGCGAGUCAAUGUUGAGCGUGGACAUGCAGAGUAUGUAUUUGAGGACCCUUAAACCCAGCAGCAGUUUUGAGGAAGAGUGGGUUAGGCUGACAUGCCGGCCCUACACGGGGGUAACGGAUGUGGACGGGCCUAGACUCUCGGAGGCCCUCCACCGACCCUUCGGCCUGGACUCGGCAGCGUUGACGGAAGCGGUGCGCUGGAGCUCCAAGGAGAACUUGCUGGGUGCUGCCGAAAGCGACCCUAACCUCUUUGUUGCACUUUAUGACUUUGUUGCCAGUGGCGACAACACGCUGAGCAUUACGAAAGGUGAGAAGCUGAAGGUGCUCGGCUACAACCAGAAUGGGGAGUGGAGCGAGGUGCGCUCCAAAAAUGGCCAGGGCUGGGUGCCAAGCAACUACAUCACGCCUGUCAACAGCUUGGAGAAGCACAGCUGGUACCACGGGCCCGUUUCGCGCAGCGCUGCAGAAUACCUACUAAGCAGCCUCAUCAACGGCAGCUUCCUGGUCCGGGAGAGCGAGAGCAGCCCAGGACAGCUGUCCAUCUCCCUGCGCUACGAGGGGCGUGUCUACCACUACCGCAUCAACACCGCCUCAGAUGGCAAGGUUUACGUCACAGCAGAGAGCCGCUUCAGCACCCUGGCCGAGCUGGUCCACCACCACUCCACCGUGGCCGAUGGCCUGGUCACCACGCUCCACUACCCGGCACCCAAGUGCAACAAGCCCACCGUCUACGGUGUGUCGCCCAUACACGACAAGUGGGAGAUGGAGCGCACCGACAUCACCAUGAAGCACAAGCUGGGAGGGGGGCAGUACGGAGAGGUGUACGUGGGAGUCUGGAAGAAAUACAACCUCACCGUUGCAGUCAAAACACUCAAGGAGGACACCAUGGAGGUGGAGGAGUUCCUGAAAGAGGCAGCAGUCAUGAAGGAGGUGAAACAUCCCAACCUGGUGCAGCUGCUAGGUGUGUGUACGUUGGAGCCUCCCUUCUACAUCGUGACAGAGUACAUGCCCCAUGGCAACCUGCUGGACUACCUAAGGGAGUGUGACCGGGAGGAGGUGAACGCAGUGGUGCUGCUCUACAUGGCCACGCAGAUCUCCUCUGCCAUGGAGUACCUGGAGAAGAAGAACUUCAUCCACCGGGACCUGGCGGCCAGGAACUGUCUGGUGGGGGAGAACAGCGUGGUGAAGGUGGCUGACUUUGGGCUGAGCAGGCUAAUGACGGGGGACACGUACACGGCCCACGCCGGAGCCAAGUUCCCCAUCAAGUGGACCGCCCCCGAGAGCCUGGCCUUCAACACUUUUUCUAUCAAGUCUGAUGUGUGGGCUUUCGGUGUGCUGCUGUGGGAGAUAGCGACGUACGGUAUGUCUCCGUACCCAGGGAUCGACCUGUCUCAGGUAUACGACCUGCUGGAGAAGGGCUACCGCAUGGAGCAGCCAGAGGGCUGUCCGCCCAAGGUCCACGAGCUGAUGAGAGCCUGCUGGCAAUGGAGCCCGUUGGACCGACCCUCGUUUGCCGAGACCCACCAGGCUUUUGAGACAAUGUUCCACGAUUCCAGCAUCUCUGAAGAGGUAGCAGAGGAGCUGUGUAAGACGGCCUCCUCUGGCCACGGCCCGUCACCACACUCCUUCAGCCACGACAUGCCCCUGCUGCCCUCCAAGUCGCGCACGCUCAAGAAGCAUACGGAGAACAAGGAGAACAUCGAGGGGGGUCUGGAUUGCAGGCAGGAGACGCACACAGCCAGCACCCACAGCCCCUCAGGUCUGGCAGCCACUCUGCUGGCAGGGGAUGGCCGUUCAGGCAGCUCUCCUGCUCUGCCUCGGAAACAGAGGGACAAAUCCCCCAGCAGUCUCUUGGAGGACUCCAAGGAGACCACGUUCACAAGGGACCGCAAGGCUGGCUUCUUCAGUUCCUUCAUGAAGAAGAAGUCUUCCUCCAACUCUCCCUCCUCCCAGCUGCAGCAGAGCCUGCCUACGCCGCCCAAGAGGAGCAGCUCGUUCAGGGAGAUGGAGACCCAGCCUCACAAGAAGUAUGAGCCCACGACUGGCUUUAGCGCCCCUCCUCCCCCCCUUCCCCAGGCAGAUGGCCUGGGCUUUUCACCAUCCCACGGAGAGGGGAACCACGUCCAGUCACGCUGCUGUGGAGCCACUUUUGGACAAAAGGCCUCUGCCAACCACACCUCUGGGGCACCGCCCUCACAGGUGGGCAGUAGUAGCAGCAGCUGGGCAGGCCUGGCAGGCUUCUUCACCCCCCGCCUCAUCAAAAAGACCUUAGGGCUACGGACUGGCAAGUCCACUGGGACCGAGGAGGGGGGUGGGGGAACCAAGCCCUUCCCCAGGUCCAAUUCCACCUCCUCCAUGUCUGCAGGGCUGCCUGACCUGGAGAGGAUGGCUCUGACUUUACCCAGGAACCGCAGUAAGCCUCCUCUAGAGCGCACUGCCUCCACCACCUCGCAGCCUGAGAACGGGGCAGCACACACCUCUGAGACCCUUCUCCGUAACAUGGAUGAAGGCACAGCUCAGAUCAGGGACCGGCCUAAAGCCAAGCUGCUUCCCCGAGUGGUGGGGGGGAGCUCUGGGGUGGUGAGAGCUCCUGGCGUUGGGAGUGAAGCAGAUUCAUAUUGUCCCUCGGGGACCCUACGGGGUAGGGAGGUUCAGGAGUCAGGAGGACAGGACCGUCAGGGAUGGUCGUCCCCCUCCAAAACAGUGGGAUCAGGCCUGUCAGCGGCUCCACACAACCACAAGGUUCCUGUGCUGAUCUCGCCCACACUCAAGCAUGGCUCGGCCGAUGUGCACCUGGUGGGGAUGGACUCUCAGGGGAACCGCUUCAAACUACUAUCAGAGCAUCAAGCGGACCGGGACCGACCACGGCUGGUCAAGCCUAAAUGUGCCCCACCUCCCCCUCCCACUCUGCGCCUCCCUGGACACUCCUACAGCGGGGAUGGAGAGGAGCAGGCCGGGGUGGCUGUGGAGGUCAAUGGUAAUGGGGUGAAACGGCCGGGACGAGUAAGGGAAGUUGGAACAGGGAGACCAUCAGUGCCGCCACCACAAGUGCCUCCAUCUCCUUCAGCCUCUUCUUCCUCUGCCAACAACACUACCCCUACUAAGAUGGCUAACGGUGCCACCAGCACUGGCUCAUCCACAGUCCCCUCUGGUGGCUCUAAGCUUCUGCGUCGGACUCGGCAGCAGGCAGAGAGGGUUCAACCGGAGACGAUCAGUAAGGAGGCUCUGCUGGAGUAUGCUGAGUGCCUGAGAGGUGCCCUCCACAGCAGCCCUGAGCCCUCCUCCAGCAGCCAGGUCCUAGACGCUGCCCACCAGCUGCUAGACUACUGCUCAGGCUACGUGGACUGCAUCCCACAGAUGCGGAACAAGUUCGCCUUCCGGGAGGCCGUGGGCAAAUUAGAGCUCAGUUUGCAGGAGCUGCGGGCAUCGUCCUCCUCUGGAAGCGGAGCAGCAUUCAGUGGCCCGGGGGCUAGCCCUGCUCUGGAGAACUUACACACCUGCAUCAAGGAAAUUAGUGAUGUGGUUCAGAGGUAGCCUCCGGACCCUUUCAAACAUUUCCUUUUGUAUUCCCUUUGUUGGUUCUAUUAACAUUUUGGGGACAGAGAACAAGCUCAGAAGUACCUCAGAAAAUCACUACAAAUUGUUUCUCUUAUUGUUUACAGUUGACUCUUUCUCAAAAAUGCCAGUGGAAAAUAAUGUUCUAUUCUUUGAAAAUAAACAUUGUUGAUACCAAACUAGAAAAAUAAUUGUUUUGCCCCAAAUUGUAACUUUUCCACCAGGUUUUAAGGCCUUUCUUUUAACUGGACGUGGAGUAUAUCAGCAACAUUUUCAGUCCCAGAGUUGAUAAAGAACAAAGUCAGUUUGAGUAUCUGUCAUUUAGUAACUCAACCAAGAAACAAAGUGGAGAAUAAUGUAUUCAUUCUCCUGGCAACAAUGAAAAGAGUCCCUGUGACAGGAUGUCACUGUUCUAAACUAUUGUCACCUGGGACAUCGAUGAGUGUUCCACAUAAUCAAGUCUACUUUCUCUGCCAUUUGUUUUGAUUAUUUCAAUGUCACAACAUUUGAAUAGAAAAUGUAAGCAUUUCAAUUUUGAUGUCCAAAUUCCCUUGCACAUGACCUAGCUAUAUGUUUGGAGCCUAUGAGAAGAGCGAAGAGAGUGCAGGGUAGUACAUGAGCAGGUGGUUUGGGACUGUUUCUAAGUGUCCUUGGACAGUGCUGAAUUCCCUGUGGCCCUUUCCCUCAGUGCCUAUAGUUUCUUAAAUGAUUGAAAAUCUGCAAAUACAACUACUCCUUGACAAAAUACUGAUCUCAUCACAAACUACAGUAUGUCAGUGAUUUAUUUGUACAUUAUUUGGUUUUAACUUUGGAAUGGCUUUAUGUAUGAACUUGAAUUUUAAAUUAUUGUUUUUUUUUAUUAAAAGCACAGACCUAUUUUAAAAAUGUUAUGUAAAUAUUUGCUUAAUUUCAUAUCCAGGAAAAGGUGAGGUCACAUUUGCUUGGAUAAGUGUUUGACCGUAGUAGGAAGUAUAUCACAGGACUGAGGCCCACCCCUCCCUCCACAACCCCAUCUGAACAUCUGCAAAAUGAAUGUAUUAUGUAUUGUUAUCUUCCUUUUUUGAGAAGAUGCCAUGUUUAAUUGUUGUCUGGUCAUCAUUUCAAUACCAACAUCAGUCAAUGCUUAUGGUCAAUUUACAAAAUUGAUUCUUAAAGCACGUUUUCUGUUUUGAUAUCCCUUAGUAGGUGUCAUCUCUACACAAACAUUUCCAUAUCAGGUUGCUGGAUGUAAUUUCAUCCUGUUUGUUCUAUUGUGCACAAAUAACAAGUUUCGCCUGUGUCUGCAAUAAUUUCUCAAUAAUAAUUUGGCUAAUGAAUCAAGCAAUCAAAAACGAAAAAAGCUUGCUUAUAACAGUGCUCCUCAACUGUUUGAAAAUUCCCCUAAUCCCCACUUGAGAUGUUGGAACCCUAAGUGUAUCGUGGCGGCAGGGUACACAUUCAGGCAAACAAAAGAUGUAAUGGGUCUGCACUCAAAAAGAUGUCCCAUAAAGCCUACUUAAUUUCUCCAUCCCUUCGCUCUUCCCUGCGUCAGGCACAGACGUCUCGACCCUGUUUGUCGGAACCCUGAGUGUACACUGGAUAAAGCCUAUGAUAUAGUAGACAUUAAUUGGUAUAUUGCAUUUCAUCUUAGUAUAAACUCUGGUAGUGCCCAAUAUAUUUUCACAUUUCAUUCCAUUGUGGUACACUACCUAUCUAAUCCAGCAGAUGAGCUUCAGUGUGCCUCAGGUCAUUCAAAGGUCCUCUUGACUAAUAGCAUGAAAUAGUUUAUUUUCACUGGGAGCUUCACUUAUUAUUAUUAUUAUUAUUAUAUAUUUUUUUUUGACACUGGAUACAGCAAUGUUUUUCCUAUGGUUAUUGGUGCCUUUUGUGAAAGAUAUUUUAUGUAUAGUGCACUACUCAGUCAAGAAACGGAUAUACAGCGAUGUGUAAUUGUAAAUAUCUUGUGCUUUUGUUUUCAGAUGACAGAUUUUGCAAUGAUGUUGUGGCCAAGUAUAAAUAUCACUACAUUGUGCAUUUCUAUUACUGGGAGUAAACAUUUUGUUUUUUAAUUUAAAACUCACAUUUAAUAGUAUAUUACUGUGAAUUUCUCCCCAUCAGUGUUAAACUUGAUAUAAAUAAAAUGUUGGAACAAUU